CGGAGCAAGAGAGCCAUUAUUUAGAGCUCUGCUUGGAACGAGUUGUUGUCAGCAAGGCUUACCGCCGAAUCCGAAGCGUUUAAAAAUACAUUUGCGGUUGUGCCCGCAUGACGUGUGUUGAGUAGGCUGUAGGUGCGUUCACAGUUCACAGUAGAGUCAAAUGAGUGUGUGUUCUUUUAUCCGCCGUUACUCCAUGUCGUGCGUGGUGUGAGUUGGAGCAACUUGAAUCGUGCACUUUGAAGCGACUAACCAGGUCUAGUCGUUGCAGCGCAUAUACCUAGUGAAAAGUUUUACUUGAAUAUCCCAGGUUCUGUUUGUCAUUCAUCAACUGGUGACUACGUGCAGUCGAUGAUCUCGAGGCUUCACAAUUAGUGAUCUGUGGUGUGCGAUCAUUUUAAAACCACGUGUGGAAUACUCGGAGUGACAUAAGUGCGCAGUGGCUCUUUACCAUAGUUUUUUGAACUUUGGUUGUGAACAUCGGAUUUCAGACAAGAACAGUCGUCACUCAUAUUAUACUGUCCCAACUACGGCUGUCAACCACCCUAUUCCUUCUAUACAUCCAUCUCCAAAACAACAUAACAUAACCACAUUGCAAACAUAACCUUUCACCAGCUUCCACGGAAAUACCACGGUGUAAUUCUCUACGCCGAGAGUUAUUUUUAAUUUCUGUAAGACGUUAUAAACUUGCCAAUCCAAGGUCAAUUGCGCAAUUCGGAAUAGGAGAUUUAUCAAAAAAUGCAGCGUAUGUUUACUUGCUCCAAAUUUUGAUUUUUUCCCACAACUAUCGACUACCUUUCUAAUUUCUGCCCUUUUGACAUAAAAGAAUAUUCCGUUUCAACGUUGGACAUGUUGAUGAGGUGGUCCUGAUGUGAGAUGUCCCGUAGCCUGCCAGAUAGAGUGGCAGGGCUCUAUUAUGCCCAUGGCCUAUUUUGCUCUUCACAUCCCAUUGCUGUCAUUUCGUUGGCAAUAUCUGUCAUUCUUAUUUGUUGCUAUCCUCUGGUAAAUCUUCCCAUGCCAGGGAAUGCCCCACGCACAGUUAUAAAUCAUACAGAGGUGCCCAUAAAUGGUUCACAUAGUCCAGCACUAUACGUUCAGCAAGUAUUACUACGCGUGGGUGUUAUACCAUGGAGAGACGAUCUGACUUUAACUGAUGCCUUCAGAGGACCUCUGUAUGAGAUCUUUAAUUUGUUAGAGAUCAUCCGGAACUACCAAGACCCAGAAACGCUCAAGACCCUUGACCAAGUAUGCCUUCAUGUGGAAGCUGUCAAAAGGAGAAACUCAAAAAAGCCUGAUGUUUUACCAGAGUACAGCUGCCUGGUGUUAUCUCCUGCCAAUUUGUGGCAACAAAGUAUUGAACUAUUCAAUCAUGACACAAAUCUGAUUGGCACAAUUUAUACUUAUCAGAAUCUUCAAAAGAGCAAGAUAAGCCUGGCAGAGAUAAUGUUUGGUAUGAGCUUGAAAGAAACUGGAAUAAAGCGUUAUCCUAUCCGUGUUCGUCAGCGGAUCUUGCAGUUUGCUGUAACUAUUGUCUUCAAAGAAUACGAACCUCAAUUCAUAAAAGGAUUAAAUCAGAGAUUAGCCACUUACUAUCCACUGCAUCAAUCACAAGAUACAAAUACUUCUUAUGCAUUACCUAUAGAUGAAACAUUGCAUAUAUUUUAUCCCGGAGAAUUCAAUUACUCAGAUCUUUUCCCUCUAGUCAUGACAUUUUUCGCGUUAUUUCUGUACGUUUACUUUUCUGUGCGUAAAAUUGAGCUCGUUAAAUCAAAAAUUGGAAUGGCAUUCAGCGCAAGUGUCACUGUUAUUGCUUCCCUACUAAUGAGCGUUGGAUUAUGCUUCUUUUUUGGUCUGACCCUGAGCUUGAGUGGAAAGGAAGUAUUUCCUUAUUUAGUUCUGAUUGUUGGAUUAGAAAAUGUUCUAGUAUUGACUAAAAGUGUAGUUAGCAUACCAGCUCAUUUGGAUGUAAAGAUCCGGGUUGCUCAGGGAUUAUCCAAAGAGGGAUGGUCUAUUACUAAAAAUUUACUGACCGAGGUUACUAUUCUGACAAUUGGAUUGUUUACUUUUGUUCCUGCGAUUCAAGAAUUCUGUAUUUUUGCAAUUGUCGGCUUAUUGAAUGACUUCUUCUUGCAAAUGGUAUUUUUCUCUACCAUCCUUGCAAUAGAUAUCAGGAGAAUGGAAUUAUCCAGCGACACAUCUAGGUUUCAUAUGCCAAAUGUCCCAACAAUGCGCAAACAGCAAUUCACAACUUUGUCAAAUAAGAACGGAAAUAUCUUUCGUUCUAAAUCUCACCCUAGAUUGAAUGGUUUGAGUAACAAUGGACCAACGAAUAUUGUUGCUCCAAAUACUCAGAACACCCCAACACUGGUAAAGAUACCGAAACGUUUGAGACUUGUACAUUUUUGGGCAAGAACGAGAAUUUUUCAAAGGGCAUUUAUGGUUUGGAUGGUCGUUUGGAUUAGUAUGAUCAUAUACAAUUCUGGAAUCGUUGAACACGUUAUCCGAUUGAGUGAUCCAUUGAAAAGCGAAGCUGAUGUAGAUGGUUACACUAUAGAUAGGCCACAAACUUUAGAUAAUUACAUUGAAUUCAACACCAUGAAACCUGUAGUUACAGCAUCCUCUACGCUUCCACCAAAUCAUCUAAGUGAUCAGAAUCCAUUGUCCAACAAUAUUACUGAAGAGUUAAACAAAUUGCGGCCACUGGACUUUCCUCCAUGGAAUCGACUAUCAUUGUACCAUUGGCCUUCUAUUCUUUCACUGUACAACAUUUCAUUAGCUGGGGAACAAAUAACAAUUCUUCCUACAAUCAAACUAUCUCAUGCUGUAAGUCCGCAACUGGCCAAACAAAUUAGCAAUCCAAAUGAUGUGCAACAAUUCCAAUGGCAGAGCCUUGCAACUGCUGCUCUUGACCCCUUAGAUUUUUCUGAUAUCGAAGUACCGACUAGAUCCGAAGGACGGGGUUUCAAUGCUCCCUUUAUUCCUUCAAGUCCCAUGGAAAUAUUUCUUGCUGCCCUUUUGUGUUUGGUCAGCGUUAUCGUUGUAGCAUACACAAUGGUCGUUCUCUAUCGUUGCGUAUGCAGUAGGAAUUAUGCAGAAUGGCGAGCAAGUUGGCACCAGCAAGAAAAGUCGAAUGAUUCUGUUACUCAGCUUGUAAUGGAAGCUGUACCGUUAGUUCUGGAAGGUCAUACGCAAGAGGUAGAAUGUAUUGCGACGGAUGGCAACACAAUAGCCAGUGUGUGCUUAGCUGGACAUAUUAGGAUUUGGGAUUCGAUAUCAGGCGAACAAGUUGCCCACGUAGAUCGAAAGCAGUUCUUUAGCAAUUCCUUGAAGGAUUCGAGCCAGACAAUUCCAGAUUCCGAUGAAUUGAUGUCAGACUAUGAAAGUGGCUCUCCACCGUCUCGGGGAGAAAUGGAAAUUGCAAAUUCAUUUGGACUUUAUUCAACUUCAAGCGGAAUGCACAUGCGAAAACGAAAUGAAUGUGUUCCAUAUGAUAUCAGACACUCGCCCAGUUCUUCACUGGAUUAUGAAUAUCAAAUAAAGGAGUACAGUCCUGAAAAGCAGAGGCUGCGACGAAGCGUAGACAACAGUUUCGAUUUUCCGGAUCUACGAUCAACUAUAAAUACCAACUUUUCCACAAUGAAGUAUUCUCCGGUUCAAAAAAAUUAUGAGCAAGGUUUUGACUUCGGUGAUCAGUACAGGCAGCUAUUUGAGGAACAUAGGAAAUCAAUUGAUGAAAUUCAAAAGUCCGAAAGUUCAGAACGUUUGGCGUCCUGCGCUAAUAGGUUGAAAAAAAAUGAAUUGACUGGAAGUGUGACUUCUCUGGGUACUGACAGAACAGUACAAAUUCUUUCACACAAUGUUUCACCUAUAUGGUGUAUUGAUUAUCAAGAAAAUCUCAUUGUAGUUGGCUGUGCUAAUGGGAGCUUGGAGUUCUGGGAAGGAACGACAGGUUUGCUUAAGUGUAUGUUUGAUGAUGGAUCGGGACUUGGAAUAUCGGCGAUCAAAUUCAUUGGCAACAGGGUAGUAGCAGCUAAAUUGAAUGGGUCUUUGGACUUUUUACAGCUCGAAAUUUAUAACAGAGGGCAACAUAUGGAUUGGUCUACAACGUCAUACAGGAGAACACACACAAGAACGCGCAGCGCUGGGUCACCGAUGGACAUGAAUAAUUUCAUGGCAACUAAAGAUAAUUUACGCUGCAUGAAAAUCGGCUCACACAGAGCGCAUCAACAGCCUAUCACAGUUCUCGACAGCGAAGGUGGCAGGGUUCUAACAGGUAGUCAGGACCAUACCCUCAAAGUAUACAGAUUAGAAGAUCAAUUACCCUUGUAUACGUUGCACGGUCAUUGCGGGCCAAUAUCGUGCCUCUUUAUUGACAGAGUCAGCCCCAUGACUUCUGGGAGUGGAUCUCAGGAUGGCUUAUUGUGUGUCUGGGACUUGUUAACUGGCGCGUGCAUGUAUAGUACACAAGCGCAUGAUGGAGCCAUUGCUGCAAUAACAUGUUCAGCAUCCUAUGUUAUCAGUAUAGGAACUGAUGAACGGCUCUGCGUUUGGGAAAGGUUCCAAGGACAUUUGUUACAUGCCCUUCCGGCCCACAGGGCUGCCUACAGUCCUCAAUUAGUUAUGCUGACGCAUCAUCUCCUCAUUACAAGUAACCAGGGAUGCCUGGUCGUGUGGGAUGUGAGAACAGGUGAAGCUGUUCGAGAAGUAAGGCUGGGACACAAAGACAGUUCCGUCUUUGUUAAGCAAAUGGUCGCCGUCAGAGACAGUGUGGUUUGCGAUUUCAGUCGACAAUUACGGAUAGUCAGAUUCCCUCUGGUCUCGGACAAAGUGGAAUGAUUUGGGUAAGAUGCAGUAUGUAUGUGGAGUGUGCGCAUGCAUAUCAAGUUCGUUUGUGCGAAAUCGUACAGCGUUUCAUAUGAGAAUGACACACACAGCGUUGCUAGAUGUUGGAAGACAAAUCCAGUUUAACCAAGCUCAGUCUCUCCUAUUUCACAAGUUAGCUAACGGACUUUCUAUGGUCUCACCCUUUUUUUUUCUAUCUAUGAAAAACCGACUUCUAGCAUGCCAACCUCAUUUGUCGUGUUUGAACAUAUGGUCAUCGACCAGGAGGAAAGAAAAUACGAAGUAUGAGAGUAGAAAAGAGUAAAAAAACGAUGAAAUGAAAUCAUAUUUUCAGAAACAAUUUUUUUAACGAUUGAUAGAUUGAUUUUACUCAAUUGACCCAUUCUUUGGAAAUUGUGUGAUAGAACGUGUAUCUUCUCGCAUUCCUGAAAGAAACAAGAAUCUAUGACACCGUGAAUUCGGGAACGUACGAGGUUUCAUUCUGACCCUAUAAUAUUCCCCGUUGUACAGAGUCAGGCACAUAAUUUUUAUUAGUUCCUUCGUAUCAAAUCUAAUUAAUCUACAUGACACGAGUGCCUUCGAUUAUGCAUUUUUCCCAUAAAUAUUCCCCCCGUUGUGUGUACUGUGUAUAGUUGUGCCUCUUGUGUUUCGAUCUCAAGUUGUACAUAAGAUCAUAUGAAACGGUGUAACCUAUCGAAUCUAGUAUUACAGUUUCAAAGGAAUCGUUUCUCUAUUUGUUCAGCAAUUGAAUCGAAUCUGUGAUUUAUGCCUGACAAGUUAGUAAAUUCAAAUUGAAUAUGUUCAAGGACUUAAUUUUUUACUGUUCUUACGAUACGCAACUUAUAUAUAUUUUUUUCAAACCGCGUACAAUGUUGAAGAACAUAAUUACAUUCUACACUAAUGAUCCCAUCGAGAUCUGAGACAUAGAAGCUGAUAUAAAUAUGUGAACCGUCAGAUCUCAGUAUGUGCAAUUGUAGACUGAAUAAUAAUAUUAUGAGUAACUGUAACAAAUAUGUUACGAACAGUAACGCAAACCAUCGCUUUUAUUGUUGUUAUUAUUACUGUUGACAUUAUUAUAAUUUUAAUUAUUAUUGUCAUAAUCAUUAUCGUUAUCAUGAUCAUGAUCAUUAUUAAUAUUAUUAAUAACGUCAUCAUCACUAUCAUUAUUCUGCUUAUUAUUACUGUAAUGACCAUUUUCAAUAGAUGUCACCUGUAAAUAGGUAUUGGUGGGAUGCAUACACACCUAUAGUAUCUAUCAACGACUGUAUUGAAAAACCCGCUUUUUCUAAUCCUGUUCGAAAAACCGGCCAUUUCGCAUUUGAAAUAUGUUAGAAUAGCAGGUUUCUCAAGUCGAAUUCGGAACAGCCGGUCUUUCUACGCAGCCGGGGGUAUGGUACAUAUCUACAUGUAAAUAUACAAGACGAAUCACAAGAUGUAUGAAAGGAAGAUGUAAUAUCACAUGAUUUUGUUUCAAAUGAUUCACGGAGCGUGUGACCAAAAUAUACCUUGUAAUGCUGUAUAUUAAUGUAUAGAGUAUGGAAUGUUACAAAUCUGCAAAUCGAAAUAAUAUAUAUACAUACAUAGGUAUGUAAUGACUUGGAUAUUAGAGAAAAACAAUUUGAUAUAAUAUAUCUCGCAGUUUUGCCUACCUACCUUAGGCAGGUAUGCGUAUGUAUCGCAGAUCACAGCCACAAUGCCUGCACCGCGCAGUGUUGUUACAUGAAUUUGUAUGUACAUAAAUUAACAGUUGACUAAUCUGCGUAACUUUUAUAAUUUAUUUAAAUAAUUUAGAUGAUACGAUGUAAGACAUUUCUAAUUGUAAUUUCGUCGGUCUUAAUAAAUUAUCGUUAUUACCUAA